UGAGUGAGAGAGUGAACGCGCUCCUCAGUAGUUCACCGGCCGCACUGACGGUGUUACUUUGUACCGUUUGGCUGAGGAUCAAAGGAAACACGAGCACGGAUUAUAACGCACGGCGGAGACACGAGGACAUCAGAGACAUCAGGGACAGACAGAGACAGACAGAGACAUCAGGGACAGACAGAGACAUCAGGGACAGACAGAGACGGGAGGAGAAAAUGUCGGUCUGAAGAACUGUGUGUGUGUGUUGAUGUGUGUGUGUGUGUGAGUGAAACAAAGAUCUACUGUAACUUCAUCAUAUUCAACAAUGAGCCGCUAACCCUGGAAUAUCAGUGUGAACACAUGAACUCAUGAACACAUGAGUGCCGCUGACGCUUCACACGCUGUGAAGAAGAAAGAGAAGAAGAAGAGGAGGAAGAAUCCUCAGGGAUUAAAGUGACGAGGAGAUGGAUAACUUCUUCACUGAGGGUGAGCGGGUUUGGUUACGGGAGGACGAGCAGUAUCUUCCCAGCACCGUGUCCUCCUGCUCUGGAGGAGUUGUCGUCUUCGCCACGGACUACGGCCAGGUGUACACGUACAAACAGAAUGCUCUCACCAGGCAGAAGGUGCAGCCCAUGCACCACAGCAGCGUCGCAGGAGUGGAGGACAUGGCCACGCUGGAGGACCUUCACGACGGCGCCAUCAUGCACAACCUGUUCCUGCGCUACAAGCAGAGACACAUCUAUACGUACAUCGGCUCCAUCCUGGCGGCAGUGAAUCCAUACCAGACGCUCCCUGGUCUUUACGACAGUUCCACGGUGGAACUUUACAGUCGACGCCACCUCGGUGAAAUCUCGCCGCACAUCUACGCCGUCGCCAACGAGUGCUACCGCUCGCUGUGGAAGAGGCUUCAUAACCAGUGUGUGCUCAUCAGUGGAGAAAGCGGAGCGGGAAAAACCGAGAGCACCAAACUCAUCCUGAAGUUCCUGUCGUCCAUGAGUCAGCACUCGCUGGAGACGUCUUCCAGAGACGGGACGUCACAUGUGGAGGAGGCACUGCUGGAAAGCAGUCCCAUCAUGGAGGCUUUCGGAAACGCUAAGACCGUCUACAACAACAACUCCAGCCGCUUCGGGAAGUUCGUCCAGCUGCACUUCAGCCAGAAGGGAAACAUCCAGGGAGGCCGGAUCGUCGACUAUCUUCUAGAAAAGAACCGUGUGGUCCGACAGAACCCAGGAGAGAGAAACUACCACAUCUUCUACGCUCUGUUAGCAGGAGCCACCGACCAGCAGAGAGAAACUCUUCGGUUAACAAACACCGACAGCUAUCAUUACCUGAGGCGGUCGAGCUGCGUCAGCGACAACACCGUCAACGACAAAGACAAUUUCCACGAUGUCCUGAAUGCAAUGAGAACGAUGCAGUUCACUGAGGAGAACAUCGGGGAGAUCCUGCGUCUGCUGGCGGUGGUUCUUCACGCGGGGAACAUCGAGUUCAUGACAGCAGGAGGAGCUCAAGUGUCCUCCAAGUCAGCUCUCAGCUGGACGGCAGACCUCCUGGGCCUGAACUCUGAGCAGCUGGCAGAGGUUUUGACUCACCGGUCCAUGAUCCUCAGGGGCGAGGAGAUCUGCACACCGCUCACUGUAGAACAGGCGGUCGACUCCAGAGACUCCAUGGCCAUGGCACUUUAUUCUCAGUGUUUCAACUGGAUCAUCUGCAAACUCAACAACCGCAUCAGGGGCAGAGAAGACUUCAAGUCCAUCAGCAUCCUGGACAUCUUUGGAUUCGAGAACUUCGAGGUCAAUCGCUUUGAGCAGUUCAACAUCAACUAUGCAAACGAGAAGCUUCAGGAAUAUUUUAACAAGCACAUUUUCUCCCUGGAGCAACUUGAGUACAACAAGGAAGGCCUGGUCUGGGUCGACAUUAACUGGAUGGAUAACGGCGAGUGUCUGGAUCUGAUCGAGAAGAAACUGGGUCUCCUGGCACUGAUGAAUGAGGAGAGUCACUUCCCUAAAGCCACAGACGGCACCUUACUAGAGAAACUCCACAGCCAGCACUCGAAAAACUCUUUCUAUGUCAAACCACGUGUUGCAGUGCAUUAUUUUGGGGUCAGACAUUACGCAGGAGAGGUGGUGUAUGACGUGAGGGGGACACUGGAGAAGAACAGAGACACUUUCAGAGACGACAUCCUCAACCUGCUGAGGGAGAGCAGGCUGGACUUUGUCUAUGAUCUGUUUGAACACGUGUUGAGCAGAAACAAACAGGACACACUGAAGACGAGCUCCAAACACAGACGACCCACAGUCAGCUCCCAAUUCAAGAACUCUCUUCACUCUCUGAUGGCCACCCUCAGCACUUCAAACCCUUACUUUAUACGAUGCAUCAAACCAAAUACACACAAGAUGCCGGAACAGUUUGACCAGUCCGUGGUUCUGAAGCAGCUCAGAUAUUCGGGAAUGUUGGAGACGGUCAAGAUCCGACGCACGGGCUUCCCGAUCCGGAGACCGUUCCAGGAAUUCUGCUCCAGGUACAAGGUUCUAAUGCGUGGUGCGUUGUCGCUGGACGACCCCAGGGGGCGCUGCGUCCAGCUGCUGCAGCACUAUGACAGCAGCAGUGCAGAGUGGCAGCUGGGCAAAAACAAGGUCUUCCUGCGUGAGUCUCUGGAGCACCGCCUGGAGAAGCAGAGGGAGGUGGAGGUGCUGAAGGCAGCCAUGACCAUCCAGGCCCACGUCAUGGGCUACAUGGCCAGGAAGCAGUACAGGAAGCUGCUGCAGUGCAUUGUGGUCAUUCAGAAGAACUACCGAGCUUUCUACUGGAGGAGGAAGUUUCUGCUCCUCCGCUGGGCAGCGCUCACCUUCCAGAAGUGCUUGCGAGGCCGGUUGGCUCGCCGCACCUACAGCCAGCUGCUGGAUGACAGACGGAGGCGGGAAGAGGAGGAGCAGUGCCGCAGGAAGGUGGAGGAGGAGAUGGAGAGGGAGCAACAGAGGCUGGAGGCUGAGACACUUGAAAGACAGCUUGAGGAGGCCAGAAGACUGGAGGAGCAGCAUCGUGCAGAGGAGUUAGCCUCUCUGGUUCUGGCUCAGUCUGAGCCUGCAGAGGAGGGGGCAGCAUCACCAGAUGCCCUCGAGGAGCUCGAGACAGCAGAGGUGUUUGAGGAGGCAAUUCGUCCUCAUGAAGCAUCCCAGGUGGAGGAGAUCCUACGACUGGAGCGGGAGAUCCAGGCACUGCAGAGGCAGAAGGAGCGCCAGGAGCUCUCCCUGACCGAGGCCUCCCUUAAUCGCCUGCAGCUUCUGCGUGACCAGGAGCUCCAGCGGCUGGAGGACGAAGCCUGUAAGGCCGCGCAGCAGUUCCUAGACUCGCUGAACUUCGAUGAGAUUGAUGAGUGCGUGAGGAACAUUGAAAGCUCCUUGGGAGUCAGCGAAGCCGAUGAAAAGGCAAAGGACAACAGAAGAAGGAGAGGCAGUGAUGAAGAGGAGGUGGACGAAGGCUUUGGGGCUGACGAUGAGGCCUUUAAAGACUCUCCAAAUCCGAGUGAGCACGGACACUCAGACGGCCAGCGGACCAGUGGGAUCCGAACAAGCGAUGACUCGUCUGAAGAAGACCCGUAUGCCAACGACGGUGUGAUCCCACCAAUGCCGCCGACAGCCCUGCUUCAGCAGCCGUUGCCUUUACCACCUGUACCAGCAGUCUGCCACAGCACCUCCUCCAGCGGGGACUCGGCCUACUGCCAUCCUCAGGCUUCAUCUGAGGCUCAGUCCGAUGACCUGGUGGAGCUCAUACCUCCAGACGAGGAUUCGGACUACGACCAGGAUGAUUAUGACGAAGGCGCCAUUGUUUCCAGUGGCAGCAUGGCAUUCUCCAACCCCCGUAGCGGACAGUGGUCACCUGAUUAUCGUGGUUCUGUUGGCACCUACAACAGCUCGGGGGUUUACCGCUUCAGCUCAGAGGGAGCUCAGUCAUCGUUCGAAGACAGUGAAGACGACUUUGACAGGUUCGACACCGAAGACGAGCUGUCGUAUCGGCGGGAUUCUGUCUACAGUUGCGUCACACUCCCAUACUUCCACAGCUUCCUCUACAUCAAAGGUGGCCUGAUGAACACGUGGAAGCGGCGCUGGUGCGUUCUCAAGGACGAGACAUUCCUGUGGUUCCGGGCCAAGCAGGAGGCUCUGAAGCAGGGAUGGCUGCACAAGAAGGGAGGCGGCUCGUCGACGCUGUCCCGCAGGAACUGGAAGCGCCGCUGGUUCGUGCUGCGGCAGAGCAAACUCAUGUACUUCGAGAACGACAGCGAGGACAAGAUGAAGGGCGUGUUGGACAUGCACGAUGCCAAAGAUAUCAUUGAUAACACUGGUAAAGAGAAUGGAAUCAACAUCGUGAUGGCAGAGAGGACCUACCACCUGAUCGCAGAGUCCGCUGAGGAUGCCAGCCAGUGGUUCAGCGUGCUGAGUCAGGUCCACAGCUCCACAGAGCAGGAGAUCAGGGAGAUGCACGAUGAGCAGGCCAACCCUCAGAACGCUGUGGGAACACUGGACGUGGGGAUGAUAGAUUCGGUUUGUGCGUCGGAUAAUCCUGAGAGGCCAAACUCCUUUGUGAUGAUCACUGCGAACCGCGUGCUGCACUGCAACGCCGACACGCCCGAGGAGAUGCACCACUGGAUCACUCUGCUGCAGCGCUCUAAGGGAGACACCCGCGUCGAUGGGCAGGAGUUCAUCAUCCGAGGCUGGUUGCACAAGGAGAUGAAGAACAGCACCAAAGCCUCGCUGAAACUGAAGAAGCGCUGGUUCCUCCUCACCCACAAUUCCCUGGACUACUACAAGAGCUCUGAGCGUAAUGCCCUGAAGCUGGGAACGCUGGUGCUGAACAGCCUCUGCUCGGUGGUCCAGCCGGACGAGAAGGUCUACAAAGAGACUGGCUACUGGAGCGUGAUCGUGUACGGCCGUAAGCACUCGUACCGUCUCUACUGCAAGCUGCUGAGCGAGGCCACGCGCUGGGCCAGUGCCAUCCAGAAUGUCAUCGAUACCAAAGCUCCCAUAGACACGCCCACCCAGCAGCUCAUCCAGGACAUCAAGGAGAACUGUCUGAACCUGGAGGUGGUGGAGCAGAUCUACAAGAGGAACCCCAUCCUCCGCUUCAGUCACCACCCGCUGCACUCACCACUGCUGCCGCUGCCUUAUGGAGACCUCCACUUCACCACUCCACGACAGAGAAGCUACACGACACUCCAGGACGAAGCCCUGAAGGUGUUCAGCUCUCUACAGCACUUGGAGGGCGUGGCCGACCCGGUGCCCAUCAUCCAGGGACUACUGUUGACCGGCCAAGAGCUUAAGCAGCUGCGAGACGAGCUUUACUGUCAACUCAUCAAGCAGAUGACGCGGCCGCCUCAGCCAGGAAGCCCGGGGAACUUGUGCAGCUGGAAGAUCCUGGCCUGCAUGUCCUGCACCUUCAUCCCCACCAGGAGCAUCCUCAGAUACCUUAAGUUCCACCUGAAGAGGACUCAUGAGCUCUUCCCCGGCUCAGAGAUGGAUCGCUACGCUGCUUUCGCUCUGGACUCGUUGAGGAAGACUCGAACCCGGGAGUACGUCCCGUCGCAAGAGGAGAUCCGGGCCAUCGUGGCGCGGCAGGACAUGAGUACCACUGUUCACUGCCACGGAGGAGGCUCCUGCAAGAUCACCAUCAACUCACACACCACAGCCGGAGAGGUGGUAGAGAAGCUGAUCCGAGGCCUGGCCAUGGAGGACAGCAGGAACAUGUUUGCUCUGUUUGAACACAACGACACCACGGAGAAAGCUAUCGAGAGCCGCACAGUGGUGGCCGACAUCCUCGCCAAAUUUGAGAAGCUUUCAGCGAGUCAAGAAGAACACAACACCGGCUGGAAGUUUUACUUCAAGCUCUACUGCUUCUUGGACACAGACAAUGUUCCCAGAGACAGCGUCGAGUUUGCCUUCAUGUUUGAACAGGCCCAUGAAGCCGUCAUCCGAGGUCAGUAUCCGGCCCCAGAGGAGACUCUUCAGUUCUUGGCUGCACUGAGACUUCAGUACCUCCUGGGCGAUCACAGCUCCCAAGCCAACGUUCCAGAAAUGUCCCAGGUGUUCCCCAUGGCGCGAUUACGUGCCCGUGUACAGAACUCCGCAAAGACAUUUGCCCCAGGCACCGGCUCGGUGGCAGACCGCUCGGGAACAUCGGAGAGGAAGCGCUCGAGCUUCUUGGAGGGAACGCUGAGGCGGAGCUUCAGGAGCGGCUCGUUGAGUCGGCAGAAGCUGGAGGAGGAGAGCAGCCUGGAGGCCUGGGUGCGUGAGGAGGAGGUGGCGGUGAGAACCAGCGUAAUGGACAAGUGGAAGAAGCUGCAGGGGAUGAACCAGGAGCAGGCCAUGGUCAAAUACAUGACGCUGGUGAAGGAGUGGCAGGGAUACGGAUCCACACUGUUCAAUGUGGAGUGUCGGGACGGUUCGUUCCCCUUCGAGCUGUGGUUGGGCGUGAGCCGUGAAGCCAUAUCAGUGUACAAACGAGGCGAGCUCUGGCCUCUGGAGGUUUUCCCGUACGAACACAUUCUGUCUUUUGGUGCUCCACUGCCCAACGCCUACAAGAUCACAGUGGAAGGCCGAGAGCUGCUCUUCGAAACCCACAUGGUCAUGGACAUCGCCAAGCUGAUGAAGGCCUACAUCAGCAUGAUCGUCAAGAAGCGCUACAGCAACUCUCAGUCCGUCAGCAGCCACGGCAGUCAGUGUAGCGCCUGGUGAAGUCCCGCCCCUUUGACCUUCUGACCUUAUGGACAUGUGUCGGCGGAGCGUGGCUGUCGCAUGCCGCGCAUGGACUCUGUGUUUGCUUCAGAAAAAAACGCUCUUUAAUGCUAACGAGCUAACGCUUCAUAUUCCAAAACAUGACACGACCGCACAGCGACACAUCCCACAGAGGUCUGCAGAGGUCUGUUAGUUUCUUUACGUCUACCCUCCAGUCCAGUAGGUGGUGCAAUCUUGUUUUUGGUGUAAUUUUCUGCGUCAGGGCUUCCCUUGACGAGGGUUUUUCAGCUGAAUACAAAAAAAACAGACUUUUCCGUCAUUUCUUGGACCAAAGAACUUCGUCUGAAUGUAAAAAACAUGACCUGUGUCCUGUUUUGGAAUAAGAUGGCGUCUUCCCGAGGGCUCUUGAUUCAGGAUGGUGUGUGUGUGUGUGUGUGUGUCUGUCUACAGGCUGUCCCAAUGUGAAGAGAAAACAAACUCUGGGACUCGAGUAUCUGGUUUUUAUUUUUCCUUCUUUCUUUCUUUCUUUCUUUCCUUCUUUCUUUUCUUUUUUCUUUCUUUCCUUUUUUCUUUCUUUCCUUCUUUCUUUCCAUUCACUGUAAAAAAUGCGCAGCUGUUCUCGUCUCAUCUCUGUGACGGAUUGUUCACAUGGUUUUACUUUCAAACGUCCAAACAAGUGCCUGUUUUUUAAUCAUCAUUUCAAUGGAACCAGAAUCUGAAAAGGUCCGAUGUGAACUCUGAAGUCCUGUUCGUUACCGGAGAUGAAGUCGAUUUAACCAAAUUUAAAGUGACGAUUGUGUCACACCGAGGUCAGACUGCACUUUAUAGGCUUUGUGAUUCCAAUCAAGACACUUCAUAAAAAAAUAAAUAUAUAUAUGUAUGUAGAUAUAUGUAUGUAUGUGUAUAUAUAUAUAUAUAUAUAU